AUGAACAAACCCCGGAGACAAAGUUAUGAGCUAGGUGAGAACUCGUUCAACUCCCUCGGCAACGAGGAGUGGCAUUGGAUCAAGUCAUCGUCAGUACAGAGAUGCUGCGAUGAGUAG